AUGAUGGUCACGAUCGCCAACAACCAGGACAAUUUGGAAGCUAUCAUCCGCAAUGUGAGGCCCCUCCCACCCUCCUCUCCUUCCCCUUCCCCCUUCCUCCCCUCCCUUUCCCUUCUCCGCUCCUUUCCCCCAGAGGGCCCGCGCCCGCCCACCCUUCAUAACACCUCCCUCAUUAGACCUUCCCCUCUCCUUCCCCUCCCCUUCUCCUCCCCUUCCCCUCCCCUUCCUAUCCACUUUCUUCCCCUUCCCCUCCGCUUCCCCUCCCCUUCCUCUCCCCUUCCCCUCCCCUUCCUCUCCCCUUCCCCUCCCCUUCCUCUCCCCUUCCCCUCCCCUUCCCCUCCCCUUCCCAUCUGCUUCCCCUCCCCUUCCUCUCCGCUUCCCCUCCCCUUCCUCUCCCCUUCCCCUCCCCUUCCUCUCCCCUUCCCGUCUCCUUCCCCUCCCCUUCCCGUCCCCUUCUUCUCUUCCCCUCCCCUUCCACUUCCCCGCUCCCCUCUCCAUAUAGCUCUCCGCACAGAAGGCAUAUGUGAUCUACCCCCCUCUCAAGGCCCUCGCCCGCCCACUGCAGAGGAUUGCUCCUCUGCGUGUGGACAAGGGGACAAGGGGAAUACGGGCUCCUCCUCAACCCCUCUUCCCUCUGAUGUAUCUCCCCGUAGAGCAUAUGUGAUCUACCCCCCUGAGGGCCCUCGCCCGCCCACCGCAGAGGAGGUGAGGGGACUGGCGCAGAGGCGGCAGCAGGGGGAGGGGAAUCAGGCUGACGGACAAGGCGGCAGCAGGGUGAAGGGAGGCAUGUUGGCGGGCAGUGAGUGUGGGGAGGUGGGGGGGCGAGUCAGCCAGCAGCAGUCGAAGGCAGCAGGGGCAGGCGAGGCAGGGUGGCGAGUAGUAAGCGGGACUGAAGCGGAGGCAGCAGGGGCAGCAGGGGAAGGCAGCAGGGGUGUGUAG